AACUAAUGAGUAAGGAAAACAAAGCGAGCGGUGGGAGCCGCUCGCCGCGCAAUUGACAUAGUAUUAUGCGCAAUUAAUUUUUGGAGGGGUUAUAGGCUGGCCGAGUGCUGACGCUGCUUACUUUGCAGAACUCGCUCGCGCGGGCCUCCCUUAUGGACCCAUCCCCCAAUUCCCCAGUCUAAAACCACUCUUUCUCUUCUAGGCAUUUCGUCGAACAGGUUGUGACCGUCAAAAAGAAUUGAAGCCAAAUGCACACUGCUUAACCGUGCGUCUAAAUUUUUCGAUUCACAAAAGGGAGCUAAUUCGUUCAAUUGUGGGAAUGACCCACAUGAGUUUUUGUCCUUGCGAAUAAUCUGUAACGGGUCUCUGCUCUCCGGUCUUUGGUUUAUCGUUUCGUGGUACGUCACCCGCAAACAAAAGGGGAUUAUGGUGGGUCACUGGAAAGCUCUGGCGUUCGCGAUAGUGAGAAUGCUGACAAAGGAACCCAGAUCGAUCAUCAAAAACCAAAUGGGGAAGGUGGAGUCUUGCUCUUCUUCAUUUUGAUUCUUGGGUACAUCUGGCAACCCGCAGCCAAUGGGUUUCCGACACAUCAUCUGCCUCGAUCUUCAACGAUAUCAAAAUACGAGCUCCGCAGUGGGUAAGGUAAGGUAAGGUAAGGUAAGGUAAGGUAAGCUCUCUCUGUUAUAUGCGGUUGCAGAAACAGUCAAUUUCAGGAAAUUUGUAAGUAUUGGCACUAGAGGAAGAACCAAAAGAACUGAACGAUGUUAUGAUCAUGCUCUCUGCUUUUCCCAUUGGACCACACUGUAUACUUUAGUCUCCAUUAUAUUACACGGAGUCUGUGGACAUAAGAGACACUGGACAGAUGAUUUUGGUUAGAAGUUAGAUAACCAUGCCAAGAGUCUACAAUCUCAGUUCAAAUUGAACAGAAGUUUCUUGUUUGUGUGGUGAGGGAGGAAUAUAUUGAUGCAACUGGACUGGACACGAAAAGCUAAAACAGAAACAGACAAACCAGUCAGUCAAGGUGCAGCAUCUGAUAGAGAAAUGCUUGAUCUUCCAUAUGAGUAAAGAAGAGUGCAUGGAAGCUCUCUCCAAGCAUGCAAAAAUCGAACCAGUCAUCACCUCCACAGUGUGGAAUGAACUGGAGAAAGAGAACAAAGGAUUCUUCGAAGCCUAUGCUGAAUCCAAGAGCAAAGACGAAAGGAUGACCGAGGAAGAAACGAGCACGAUGAUCAAGAAGAUGAUCACUGAAUCCUCCAAAGAAGAUUCCAAGGACUGAUCAUGAAUGAAAGCAUUUGCAGUCAAGAAUAUGCUUUGUGGGGACAAUCUGUAGAACCUCGAGGAAGAAAAGGGAAACGAACCCACAAAGACGAAAACAAAAGGGUGGGAGCUUGGAUGGAUGGUCACAAUCAACUACUUUUUUGUGUGGGUGAAAAUGAAGAUAUGGUACGUAGGAGCAGAAAUGAGAUUGGUGAAAUUCUAUUAUCCUCACAAACCAAAGUUCUUUGGCUGUAUGCUGUAAUAUUUCCUUCCUACCCUUCCUUGUUGGACGUUUGCCUGUACAGGAAACAGAGCUUUCUAUCUACCUUAUCAUGAUCAUGAACCUAUUGCUUGUGUGAGUAAAAGCACUAUGUAUCCACGUUUCAUUUUACUUCUACUUGAAAGUUCGUUCAUCCAAUAAUCAGGCGCCUGUGG